AGGGUCAUUUUCCAGGCUUGUAGCGGGAUUUGAAAAGGACCGGAAGAUAAAAAUUCUCUCCGGAAGUCCGUGCAAACCUGUGUGGAGUAUUCCUCCGGCGGGCCGCGACCUCUAAGCCCUCGUCCUUCAGCCUGCAGCAGCCAAGGGCAGUGGUUUGCCAUCUCCACGGAAGAUCCCGCGGUCUCGAGUCCAGCCAGUUUCUGUGUCAUCUAGCCAAGGCCGGACGGUUGAGCUCAGAUCUGCAAGGCACUCCAUUCACUUCACCCCGCCUCCAAAAAAGUUCGACUAUGGUGGCCGGGAAGGACCACACACAGGUGUCUCUGACCUCUCACCCAAGAGGAGUAGGGACAGCUGGACCAUGUCCAAAAAUCUCUGUACCAGGAAGUGAUGCUGGAAAUCUCUAGGCUUCUGGUCUCUCUGGCUAGAUCCUCUGAGAGUGGGCAGUUAUGAAAGAGUAUAAUUAUUCCUGUCUUGCUAUGGCCAACCCACCUCACCUAUCUGUACCUGCCUGUCCUCCAUCAUGGGAGCAAACCACUGGAGUUAUUGAAGUAGACUGUUAAUCUUCAGAAACGAGUUAAGGUAUCCUGUCCCCAACCUGGAGCUGUUGUGCCAGCGGGAGCAAGUGCAAGAACCAUGGACAGAGGUCAAGUCCCCCUCCGAAAGCACCAGCUUAGCCACUGGCCAGAUGGAGCCCAGCACCUCAACCAAGAAGCAUUUCACCAUCAAUGACUUUGAAAUCGGGCGUCCUCUGGGCAGGGGGAAAUUUGGGCGUGUGUACCUGGCUCGGCUCAAGGAGAAUCAUUUCAUCGUGGCCCUGAAGGUUCUCUUCAAGUCUGAGAUAGGGAAGGAGGGACUGGAACACCAACUUCGCAGGGAAGUGGAGAUCCAGUCGCACUUACAACACCCGAAUAUCCUUCGCUUGUACAACUACUUCUACGAUGACAGUCGGGUGUACUUAAUUCUGGAAUAUGCUCCAAGAGGUGAGCUCUAUAAGGAGCUUCAGAGAAACCAGAAAUUGAACCAGCAGCGUACAGCCACGAUAAUAGAGGAGUUGUCAGAUGCUCUGAUCUACUGCCAUAGGAACAAGGUGAUUCAUAGGGACCUCAAGCCAGAGAAUCUCCUGCUGGGCCUCAAGGGCGAGGUGAAGAUCGCAGACUUCGGGUGGUCUGUGCAUACUCCCUCUCUCAGGAGAAAGACAAUGUGUGGGACUCUGGACUACUUACCCCCCGAAAUGAUAGAGGGGAAAUCCUACAACGAGACGGUGGAUCUGUGGUGCAUUGGGGUGCUCUGCUAUGAGCUGCUGGUGGGAAAGCCGCCCUUCGAGAGCAGCACCUCCAGUGAGACAUGCAGACGCAUCUGCCAGGUGGAUUUUAGGUUCCCUUCAUCAAUGCCUGCAGGGGCCCAGGACUUGAUCUCCAAGCUUCUUAGGCACCAUCCCUCAGCGCGGCUGAGCCUGGCCCAGGUCCUGAAGCACCCCUGGGUCAGGAAACACUCUCAAAGGAUGCUACCUCCCUGUGCUCAGAUGGCUUCCUGAGCCCUGUCUGUCUCUUCUAUGUGUUUCUUCAAGGAGCUCUCCAGGCUCUGUUUGUUACUGCAUGUGGUUUGCUUUUUUUCUCUUUUAUCACGUGAUGAUAAUUAAAACUGAUUAAUUUAGCAUCA